AUGCCCCCAGCCCGCCCAGACCGCUUCCUUUUCCUUACUACAACCACCUCACAUAAAUCUCACCCCCUAUUUCUAAUCUCGCCGUCCUCCAUCUACUCAUCCGGCUCCUUGGUUAUUGAAUGCACCAUAUUCUCUGUUUCAGCGUAUGUCACUGGACUAGGCGUCCCUUGCUUGGCCCCUUCAUCUCGCCGUGUAGUAUCCUCCCCACGCCAUGGGCCUCCUUCUCGCCGUGUGCUUCUUGGCCCGCUGUGUACCCUUUAUCUCACCCUAUUCGUCUUUAGAAACCUCCACUCCGGCAUCGACAUCGCCUUGAACCGUAUUGAAACUCUGAUCAUCAAGUCGGGAACCUUUGGCUACUCCGACUUCGGAAUCGCCACCCACUGUACCGCAAAUCGCCUUGGACCUCUUCGCUAUCUUUUCGUGGACUUGAUCUCGCCUUGGACCUCGCUUCUCAAUCUCGCCGCUUCUUCGACCCGCUCAAGUAAUCACUUCAAGCCCCCCGCUAUGCGCUCACUGUCAAUAUCAAGGCGAUCCAGGUUGGGAGGAGUAGAUAGAAUUAAUAAAUUGGCCUGGGAACAGCAAAAGGUAAUCGCUAAAUCGACGAUCCAAGCGCGCGACGGCGGCCAAACUCAUUUUGUAUCCGACAAUCUCGCGACCAACACAGCAAAACAGCGCGAUUCAUAUACAAACGCAAGAUUUUCUUUUUCGCAUAGAACGACGAGGGAGGUUGAAGAUUACGACAAAUGUUUGCCCAUAGAGGAAGUUGGGCAUCAAGAAUACAACGCCCUCUGCGGAUUUCUGGAUGACCCAGAGGGCGGUGCUGGUUCUUUAAUCACCAUUGGAAUAGUUGGGGGUCUAUCUCUCAUGCUGGAUCUCACCCACUGUCGACGUCUCUUACCGAUUACGGUGGGCAGAGGGCAGCUGCCAGAGCCUGAGGUCGCCCAGUCCCCGAACUCAUCUGGUUUCUUAAGGCGAGCCCGGUAG